GACUCGGGGGGGAAGGAGCUAACCGCCGUUUAGCUCCGUGACGCAUACGACUGCUGUUCAACAAAGUCCUAAUUUAACUGUAACUAUCGUCUAAUAUACAUAUAUUUAUAAGUUAGUGAAGUCUCGGGCAUUUUUGCAGCCGUAAAUUGCGCUUAUUUUGCACUUUAUUAUAGCGCGCAACGUAAACAAACCGGUGUCAAACGUUGAAGCUAACGUUUCAAAUACAGCGCAGGGGAUAAUAAGAGUGUUUUUCUCCAACAUGAGAGGGGGUUCAUCUUAUGGAGACAGAGACAGGGACCGCGGACGAGACAGGCCACGGUUUGGGGCCAUGAGUGGCCGCGGUGGACCCCCACCAAUGAAGUUUGGGAAUCCUGGUGAGCGUCUCCGUAAGAAAAGGUGGAACCUGGAUGAGCUGCCAAAAUUUGAGAAGAACUUCUAUGCUGAAAACCCUGAGGUCCAACGGAUGAGUCAGUAUGAAAUGGAAGAGUUUCGCAGGAAGAAGGAGAUCACCAUCAGAGGCUCUGGCUGUCCAAAACCAGUCACCGCUUUUCACCAGGCGCAGUUCCCUCAAUAUGUGAUGGAUGUGCUGAUGCAGCAGAACUUUAAGGAACCCACAGCGAUUCAGUCUCAGGGCUUCCCUGUGGCCCUGAGUGGCAGGGACAUGGUGGGGAUUGCACAGACUGGCUCUGGAAAGACACUGGCUUAUCUUCUUCCUGCUAUUGUGCACAUCAACCAUCAGCCUUAUCUGGAGAGGGGAGAUGGUCCGAUUUGUCUGGUGCUGGCACCAACCAGAGAGCUGGCUCAGCAGGUUCAGCAGGUUGCAUAUGACUAUGGCAAGUCCUCCCGCAUUAAAAGCACCUGUGUCUAUGGAGGAGCACCCAAAGGACCACAAAUUCGAGAUCUUGAGAGGGGUGUUGAGAUCUGCAUCGCCACACCUGGUCGUCUUAUUGACUUCUUGGAGGUGGGGAAGACUAACCUGCGUCGCUGCACCUACCUAGUGCUAGAUGAGGCUGACCGCAUGCUGGACAUGGGCUUCGAGCCACAAAUUCGCAAAAUAGUUGAACAAAUCAGGCCCGACAGACAGACUCUGAUGUGGAGUGCAACCUGGCCAAAGGAGGUCCGGCAGCUUGCCGAGGACUUCCUGAGGGACUAUAUCCAGAUUAAUAUUGGUGCUCUGGAGCUCAGUGCUAACCACAACAUCCUGCAAAUUGUCGAUGUCUGUAUGGAGACGGAAAAGGACCACAAACUUAUUCAGCUGAUGGAGGAAAUUAUGGCUGAAAAGGAAAACAAAACCAUCAUCUUUGUGGAGACCAAGAAGCGCUGUGAUGAUCUUACCAGGAGAAUGAGGCGGGACGGGUGGCCAGCCAUGUGUAUCCAUGGAGACAAGAGCCAGCCAGAAAGAGACUGGGUACUCACAGAAUUUCGUAGUGGCAAAGCUCCUAUACUGAUUGCUACUGAUGUUGCCUCUCGUGGUCUGGACGUGGAAGACGUCAAGUUCGUCAUCAACUAUGACUAUCCCAGCUCCUCUGAGGACUACGUCCACCGGAUCGGACGCACGGCCCGCAGCACCAACAAAGGCACUGCCUACACCUUCUUCACGCCAGGGAACCUGCGGCAGGCCCGAGACCUUGUCCGGGUGUUGGAGGAGGCCCGACAGGCCAUCAACCCAAAGCUGCUUCAGCUUGUGGAUUCAGGCCGCGGUGGAGGAGGCGGCGGUGGUAGAAUGCGUUACCGUGGCAGCGGCUCCAACAACCCUAACCUAAUGUACCAGGAGGAGUGUGAUCGCCGCAUGCGCUCUAGCGGAGGCGGUGGCAGCAAAGACAGCCGGAGUGGCUUCGGCCGUGACAACCGCAACAGCCGCGACGGAGACCGUUCCACUUCCUCCUCCUCCUCUUCCUCCUACAGAAGUCGCGAUCGCAGGAACAGCUACAACUCAGGCUCAGAUCAGUAUCAGAGUUACAGCGGCAGCGGGGGGUACAACUCCCGCACCGGCGGCCAAACCGGUGGAGGUGGAAGUCAGGAUCAGUCCAGCCAGCCGCAAGGUCAGUUUGUCCAGCCUCCUCCUCCUCCUCCGCCAUCGGGGGCGCUGCAGCCCCUCAUGGCACAGCAGUUUGUUCCACCACAGCCCCCUCUAAUGGGCUUCAUGGGGCAACCGCCGUACCCUUUUGCUUCUCCACCCCCUCCUCCUCCUCCAGGCCCUCCACCUCCCCGGAAGUAGAAUUACAAGAGAGAAGCACUGAAUUGAUUUAUGCUUCUUAGUGUGAGUGUGUUCACGGUGUGACUUUGAUUUUACUCUCCAACUCUUGUUAACUCCAAGAGGCGGGGGUUUGACAAGGUAUAUGCCUAAGGAGGUAAGGGCUUAUAUUUUCUAUUUGUUUGCUACUUUGUAAAUAAACCCAACAUGUGGAAUUAAAAUUUUCCCCCUUAAGCUUUCUCAGGAUAGAUAGUCACUAUCCAAAGUCUCAUGCAGUUGCUCUCAAACAUCUGUCACAGAGGAAAAGGCUUCUUGUGUUUUCAUUUCAGUCAAACACCUAAACAGUGGAUUUCAGCAGCUUGUUGUCCCUCUAGUUUCAUCGGCUGUAUUGGGAUUUGGAUAGAAUGAAACCAAGUGUACACUCAGGCCUCAGUGCUAUGUGUUUGAGAGUGCUGAUCUAUGGGUAAAUAGACAUUAGUCACAUUCCAGAGCCAACUUGCUCAGUCGGAGCGAGACUUAGGUUUCGACUUGCAAUAAAUUUUAAUUAUUGCGUUUAUUUUGGGUUUGUGUUAUUAUAAACACUGAAGCAGUGCAUCCAAAUGUGUGAGUCAGUUGCAACAGUUUUGAAGCCAUGAAGCCACUAUUAGUUUUAGUUUUAGGUUUUUUUUUUUAGUGUAAGACGCAUUAGCUUGAUUCAUUUAUCAUGCACGCCUUUAUUUUUUUCUUGUAGCAAGUCAAAAUAGAUGUGUCUGUGUUUACUUGUAACUUUUUAACUCACAUAUUCUUUUAACCAGCAGAUCAGCUGAUGCAUGCGGAUUGUUGACUAAAUUGCAGUUUGUUGCUUGUUUCCUCUUUCACUCGUUGUGCUCUUUUUACAGUGUUUUCCUAAUAAAGGAAUCAAAGCUUUAUUUUCUACUUAGCAGAUUAUUGAUCAAAUUAUUUGUCAGAUGAAUUCCCUGUACAAAUGACUUUAUUUGUCUUAAAUACACAGUUGUAGUACA